AUGCAGGGAAAUAAUGCAUCUAUUUGGAUCAAAUACAUUGAGAAAGUAGAGUUAGUGGGAGCACCUGUUGAAAUCAAAAGAAAAGAAGUUGCUGCUAAGUACAACUUAUUGGAUGAUCCGAAAGCGAUUAUUCCUAUAAGUGUGUUUUGGUUGGUGCCUCAGUAUUGCUUUCACAGACUUGCUGAUGUUUUCAUGUCUGUUGGACUUUUUGAGUUUCUAUUUGAUCAAACACCUAAGAGUAUGAGAAGUAGUGCUACUGCUAUAUAUUGUGUAAUUAUAGCUAUUGGAAGCUAUGCUGGUACAUUUAUAGUGACACUUGUUCCUAAAUAUAGUGGCAAAGAAAGGAAUUGGUUACCUGAUAGGAACCCUAAUAGGGGUAGAUUGGAGUAUUAUUAUUAUCUUGUUAGUUGUGUUCAAGUUCUUAAUCUCAUUUACUUUGGAAUUUGUCUUUGGUUUUAUACUUACAAGCCUUUGGAAGAAAUUGCUGAAAUCAGUAAGGAAGAGAUUUGGAACAGGUUGAUGCAAAUAUCUUGGCUUCCAAUUGAGAAAGUUUAG